AUGAACAAUCAGUUGGCUACGCAUUUUCGGACGUACUUCCAGAUGGAUGCAGGUGAUGCCAGCGCCCUGGCGGGUGCUUUCGGCUUGAUGAACCUCUUCGCAAGCAUCAGCAGCGAUAUUUGCUUCAAGUACUUCGGCUUCCGCGGCCGCAUUUGGGCUCAGUUCCUGGCACUCUUCUUCGAAGCGAUCUUCCUGUUCAGCUUCGGAAAGGUGGACAAUUCGCAGCCUUGGUACGUGGCCUUGGCAGUCUUGGUUUGCUUCUCGCUCUUUGUGCAAAUGGCUGAGGCAUUCUUGUAA